CAAUCAAAGUAGUUUAAACAGGAAGCAUUGUUUUCGUACUCAGUUGUAACUAAACUUUCACGGUGUUCAUGAUACAAAAAAAAAUGCAUCACGUAUCUUUUUGGUAUUUCAGGCUGUUGGUUAUAGCUGCAACCGUUACAUAUGUACUGGCCUUUAUGUGUUACACCUGCGUUGGCUGUGGGGAUCCGUUUGACGAAAGCCAAGCCAAACAACAAUCCUGUCACGGAACUUGUAUGAAGUUAAUUGCAAACGAUACUGUACAGAGACAUUGUAUGGGAAUGCCAUUUGACGAAAAGUGUAGCAAGGUAGAAGGCACAGAAACCUGCUUCUGCUCCACGGAUUUAUGUAACGGAUCCGACAAAAGAAACAUUUCACUAAUUAGUGUGAUAAUGUCUUUCAUCGCAUUAGUUUUGUUGAAGUAAUGAACGAUGAUACAAAGUGCAUUCCCCACAAAAAUACAACGAUAAAGGGACAUAUUACUUUUAUAUAAUCUAUAAAUAGCUUUGAAAUGCCCCUGAUAGGCUUACAAGUAAGUUUUUGUAAAAAAUAACAGGUCAAUAUAAAAGUAUAUUCACAACAGUUUUUCUUCUUCUUAAAAUAGAUUUUCUGGAAAGCCCACAAAAGACGCGUGCUAUGACGUGACGUCAAGCUAAGUUUGUUUCUAUUAUUCUGAAAAAAAAAAAACAACAACAAAAACAAACAAACAACAACAACAACAACAACAAACGUCGGGCAACUUGCAAAAAAAAAAAAUAUCAACCUAGUCUAUUUUAGGUACAUUGUACCGUCUUUACAUCUUUAAAAGACUUUAAGAAUUUAGCGUGCCAAUGCGCAUUUAAAUACAUACAGGGCCAAAUUAUUAAAUAAGUUGACAAGCUGAAAAAA